AUGGGUGACCUGUUUACUCAAUCGCACGCUAUUAGUCUUUGUAUGCUCAUGACGAGCGCGCAGACGGAGGGCGCGAUGUGCGAUCUCGAACUCGUUUGCGAUGGCCAGACAAUCAGGGUCCAUAAGCUCGUCGUCUGUUUGCAAUCUCUAGUUCUUAGAGCUGCGUGCACCGGCUUGUUUGAGGAGGCCUCGGGGAGAUAUGAGAUGAAGGACUGCGAGUUUGCCAGCGUCCAGCGCAUGGUGGACUUCUUCUACAACGGAGACUACGACGCCAAGGCAUCCGAUGAGACAGAGUCCUCUGAGGAAAUGUUGAUCCACGUCGCCAUGUUCACGCUGGCGGACAAGUAUAUAAUCGAUGGGCUGCGCACUCUCUCACAGAUCAAGUUCAAGGCGGUCGUCACGAAGCAGGAGAAGCCCAGCGUGAUGCCACAGUACGUCAAGCUCGUGUACGACCUCGAGUGUGAGAGCAGCAAGAGGCUCCGCGACGUCGUGAUUGAGGCUGUCCGGCUGAGGGUCGCCGCGCUGCCGUCUGACUCGGACAUUAAGAAGACGCUGGAGGGCCUGAUGGACGACAUUCCCGACUUUGCAAAGGACCUUGCCAUGUCGUACAUUGAAAAGCCGCAGUAUACGACGUGGCUCGGCGACUAUGAGAAGCCUGCCAAUCCCACGACGACCGCUCCCAAUUUCCCGCGUGUGUCGCCUUGGAAUUUUGCUGAAGCGGCUCGUAGAAAGCGCGGCAUUGCGAGGUAGAGUGGUUGAGGUUGCGUCCGCGAGAGACGAUGCAGGUUUGGUUUUCUGAGAUUGCAACGGAUUAGGGCAGAAGAUGCAUGUAUAUCUCUCGCGGGCUGUGUAUCGGCACGAGGAUGGACAAGGCGUCGUUGGGUGUUGGUGAUGUAUCAGCUCGUUUUCUUUACGACUACACCAGUAAUACCAUGCUCUCGUAUCUGUCUACGGUGGCAUUUUUCAGUCAAAUGGCAUCAGCGUCAGCAGAAUGACGAGGAUUGCAUCUACAGAUGCCUUAUGAAGAUGCCUUUCAGUGCGCCCACACUGUCAAAGGUGGGAGGCCUUCAACGUCAUCUGCUCAGAUAGGAGAGGCCCAUACGACGAUAUAGUUCUAUCAACACUCAUCCUG